AUGGUGGACUUUGAACACAGUGCAGUUGCCAACAGUCCUGUGUUCGUCAGGUCGCGUUGGGACCACGACCAAUACUAUGACCCACAGAACUCCAAGGGCAUUGGCAUCUAUGCCAAGCACGCAGCUUGUAUUGGCCUGCCGCAACCUGUGGAUGCUGCUUUCUUUGGCCUCGAAGAGGAGGAAGCCUUGAACAUGGAUCCGAUGCAGCGUUCUUGCCUUGCAGAAGGCUUCCGUGCAGUCCGGGAUUCGAAGUUAACCAGGCAGUCCUUGAGAAACAGCUCCUGCGGCGUUUACGUCGGAAGCAUGAACUUUGACCAUGCGAUGUCGGAGGCAGGGCUGUACGAUGGCGGAAAUGUGAAUUUAUUGGCAAGCAGACUAUCUCAUGUAUUGGGCCUGCGUGGCCCCUCGCUCUUCUUGGAUACAGGUUGCUCGGCUUCCCUAGUUGCAGCGGACAUAGCGGCAAGCCAUCUGCGCCGUGGCCGGGUCAGCGUUGCGCUCGCUUUGGGUGUCAAUCACCUUCUAAGUCCUCUCAUGUUCCAUGGCCGUUGCGCCAUCAAUCUGCUGUCUCGAGUUGGCCAUUCCGCACCUUUCAAUGCGACAGCUGAUGGAUAUGUUGUAGGAGAGGGCUGUGGCGCAAUUGUCCUGAGACAUGGUGGACGUGGAGCCAUCUAUCGUGGGAGCCAAGUGAUGCAAGACGGCCGUAGUGCGCAGCUUACUGCACCCAGCGGGCCAGCACAACAGGAGCUGCUACGUGAGACGUGGCAACGCAGUGGCGUAUCAAGUUGGGAGUUGGCAGCGUCUGAAUGCCAGGCAAAUGGAUCUCUACUUGGUGAUCCCAUCGAGAUGGGAGCCAUUGAGAAAGUGCAUCAACGACAAGAUCCAUUCCUGCUGAUGUCGGGAAAGUGCAACAAAGGACAUGGUGAAGGAGUCGCAGGGAUGACGACCUUGCUGAAGAUCCUCUUCUUCAUACAGGACCAGCACGUUCCACCCCAAAUUCAUUUCAAUCGCCUCAAUCCUCACAUCGAUGCUGGGCGUGUGCCUAUGCUAUUUUGUGGGGAGUCUUUUGCUCUGCACAAUGGUUCCCUCGAGGCUGGAGCCUUUGGAGCGCCCAAGGCGUGCGGUUCCUCUUUUGGCUUCGGCGGCGUCAACGCCCACGUAGUCCUUGAGGCUCAGCCCCUACCAUCAAAGGCGCCGAGAUCCAACUUCAGAGCGAACCAGCCAGCUGUGACCGCCGCGGGGUCCGUGGCAAUUGGACCCAUCUCUGCGUCAAAACUACCAGUGUCGGAAGCCAGGCAGCUGCUUCGCAAAGUCGUUGCUGCAGUUGUGGAGCAGGAAGCUCCGGCCAUGGAUGUGCCCUUGGCGGAGUCCGGCCUUGACAGCUUGGCGGCGGUGCAACUGCGCAACACGUUGCAGCGGCAGACGUCUCUAGCCCUGCCCAGUACAAUGAUGUUUGACUACCCAACCAUGCAGGAAAUGGCAGAGUUCAUCUCCUCUCAGGCUCCCAGCGUUCCUCCGGCUCCGGCGACUCCCGUAGCAAGUGUGGCCGCGGCGGCACCGACAGCACCGACAGCAACGACAGCGAGCACCACGAGCACCAUUCCACUAGAGGAGGUGUCUAAGGUAAUUUCUGGAGCAGUUCGAACAGCUUUAGAGGAAACUCCUCAGGUUGAUACGCCACUUACGGAGAUGGGCUUGGAUAGCUUGGCAGCAGCCCAGCUGCGCAAUCAGCUGCAGAGCAGCUUCGGGGUGAAGCUACCGGCCACGUUGCUGUUCGAACAUCCCUCGGUAGCAGAGCUCAGCAGCUUUGUAUCACAGACAAUCCAAGAGAGCAAUGAGAGCACAAAACGUGACGCGUGA